AUGACCAAAGGACGGCAGAAGCACAGCAAACAUGGUGGGAGGCGAGCUCGACAGUACAAGCGCUCUGCCCCCACGCAUCAAUUUCGGCUAGACGUGGUCAUCUACUUUGAAACGAACAGCAUGGCUUCCACGUUCGCAAAGUUCUUCGCGGAUUUAACGGGGUCCCAGCGCCAAACCAAGCGUACAGGUAGUGCCACUUCCGACACCAGCUGGUGUAAGGACAAGCUCCUCCAACUGUGCACUUCACCAGCGACGGCCAAGCAGCGGAAGGUUCACGUCGCUGGCACUGAGACGACGCUACCUGCUGGUACUGAGGUUCACUUGGUCAAGUGGAUGAAUUCAUACCGUGCUCAUGGCCUCUCCGUGUCAAACCUGAUGAUGAAUCGGAAAGCGCUGUCCGUGGUCCGUGACGCUGGCGUCCCAGCACGUCUGUUUGCACAGGCUGGGUCAAAGGCUUCUUGCGUAGCCACCGACUAG